AUGAUCCAGGAACCCUACACCAUAGACAACACCAUCGUCAGGUUUGGGAACUGGAAGGUCCUCGCAGGCCACUACAACACACGGCCGAAGUGCGGGAUCCUCGUCUGCAACGACAAACUAAACAUCGCUCUCAUCCCGUGGCUUUGCUCGCCCAACAUCUGCACGGCAAUGAUACACCAAGAGAACCCAAUAUACCUAUUAAGUGUGUACUUUUCACCCGAAGAAAAUGAUGAGAGCUGCAUCAACGAGCUGGUAAGUGUCACGAGCAGAAUUGACAUUAAAAAUGUCAUUAUUGCUGGGGACCUGAAUGCUAAAUCAGCGAUAUGGUUCCACAAUAAAGAGGAUAAAAGGGGAAGGUUGGUGGCAGACUUUAUGGACGCAAACGAUCUUAUAUCGGUCAAUAUGACGACACACCCGACUUUUCACACUCCCCACGCAGAGGGCUGGACGGAUGUCUGUCUGGUUUCUGCGGACCUGGGCUAUCAAAUCUCUGACUGUGAGACGAUGCUCAUUACGUCCGCUAGCGACCACAGAUAA